UUCCCCGUGCCUCUGCAGAUUCCCAUCAAGGUGCUGAGGGGUCACGCAGACGCUGUCACCAGCUGUCACUUCUGCUUUGACGACACCAAAGUCCUGACCAGCUCCCACGACAAGACGGCCACUCUAUGGGUAGGUCCACCAAACACUAGUCCACCAAACACUAGUCCACCAAACACUAGUCCACCAAACACUAGUCCACCAAACACUAGUCCACCAAACACUAGUCCACCAAACACGAGUCCACCAAACACUAGUGCUGCUUCCCAAAUGGAACACUUCCCUAGCACUACUUAUAACCACUAUUCCCUAUAUACACCUAGGCUGAUUACUGCGUCAUGGGACAAGACCCUAAAUGCAUGGGACCUGGAGACUGGCAAGAUCAUUUGGACUGCAGCUCAGGGUGGUCUCCUGACGUCAUGUAGCAUCUCGGAGGAUGGGAAGUACGUCGUCACUGAGUCUCAGUUUAAGUCAUGUCUAAUGCUGUCACUUCCCUCAGAUCACCACAAGUCUACGAUCACGCGGUGCCGGUUUGACCCUCAGAGUCAGCACGUAGCCAGUGUCUCUGAAGACAGAACCAUCAAACUGUGGGACCUGGUCUCCACCCAAACCACCCUCUCCAUCAACAGCACCCACACCAACGUCAUCGCUAACUGCUGUUUCACUGCUAACGGACGUUACUUGUGCACUGCAUCAUGGGACAAGACGCUGCAGCUGUGGGACGUCCAGACAGGAACGUUCCGUUCCCACGGUGGCCUGACCCUUAGCAAGGGACACGACGGGUCCGUCAGCUCCUGCGCCUUCUCCACGGAUGGGUCGGUCCUGGUGUCUGGGGCGUACGAUAGAACAGUGGCUGUAUGGAACAUGGAGACCCUCUGCAAGACCCUGGAGUUGAAGGCAGCUUUAUGCUGUAUCCUACUGCAGACACAUUUUAAGGGACAUGCAGAUGUGGCAAUCAGUGCUGACAAAAAAUGGGUGGCCUUGGCUUCCAAGGACACCACUGUCAGGUUGUGGAAUAUGGAACACUCUGAAGAGAUACCUGCCGUUAUUGAGACCAGGAAGGCUCAGGGAAUGGGCUACCAUAUCCUCCAGGUUGGUAAUGGCUAUGCGUAG